AAUGCUCAGCUGACUAGAACUGUUGCUGAUGUUAGCGUGAAAAUGUGUCUCUUUUUGUUUUUUUAGGCGUGUUUACGUGAUGAAUGUUAAAUAUCUGCUGUAUAUAUAUUCACAUGCCACAUGUAAGGCAUGUCGGGUUUAAGUUGACAGGAUUUAACGAAUUUUACAUCACUUUUUCUAUUCAAUUUCGAGCUAGCGAGAAGGCAUGAAGUGGAAAACUUUUUCUGUCUUUGCCUUACUCCUAAACAUUACACAGACUUCAGCAACUUCACAUGUGAUCACGGUCGAUGUGGGAAAACCGGUGGGAGACCUUAAACACUUCUGGAGAAGCACGGGUUUCUGCCCUCCUCUCCCCCACACUCAGGCCCACCAGUUUGACCUGAGCAUCGACCAGCAGCUGAACCUGGCUUAUGUGGGCUCAGUCCCCCAUGGAGGGAUCCAGCAGGUCAGGAUACACUGGAUGUUGGAGCUGGUCACUGCACAAGAUAUUGGCGGACAACCUCAUUACAACUUCACUAAACUGGACCGGCUGAUAGACCUAUUAUGGAUCAAUGGACUCCAACCAGGAUUUGAAUUGAUGGGCAGCAUAUCCAACUACUUCACAGACUUUGAGGACAAAUCACAAGUGGUCAAGUGGAGAAAUCUGAUUUAUCUUAUUGCCAAAAGGUAUAUUGACAUGUACGGCCUGGGUCGUGUUUCUCAGUGGAACUUUGAAACCUGGAACGAGCCGAACAACCACGACUUUGAUAAUUUGACUGUGUCAAUACAAGGGUUUUUAAACUACUAUGAUGCCUGUUCAGAGGGUCUGCAUGCCGCCAGCCCUCUGCUGAAGUUUGGGGGUCCAGGAGACUCGUGCCACUCUCCCCCACACUCGCCGUACUGCUGGGCUAUGCUGCAGCACUGUUACAAUGGCACCAAUUACUUCACUGGAGAGACAGGGGUCAGGAUUGACUACAUCGCCCUGCACAAGAAGGGUGGAGGCUACUCCUUGCCUAUCCUCGAGCAGGAGGUGCAGACAGUGAAGGAGAUCCAGGAGCAUUUCCCUAGGUUCAGCAGCCUCCCUAUUUAUAACGAUGAAGCAGAUCCACUGGUGGGCUGGUCCAGGCCACAGGAGUGGAGGUCUGAUGUGACAUAUGCUGCAAUGGUGGUGAAGGUAAUACACCAGCACCAGGACCUGCUGCUUUCAGACCCCAAAAGGAGCAUCAACUACACCCUGCUGAGCAACGACAACGCCUUCCUCAGCUACCACCCGCACCAAUUCACCCAGCGCACCCUGACCGCACGCUUCCAGGUCAACAACACCCAGCCGCCCCAUGUUCAGCUGAUCAGGAAGCCGGUCCUCACCGUCAUGGGCCUGCUGGCCUUACUAGGAGAGACUCAAGUCCUGGCUCAGGUUGUAAGCUUGUCGGGAAACAAAAGCAGCAGGUUGGGAGUCCUGGCCAGCAGCCACAAGCCUGUAAUACCUGGCAGCUCAGACAGCUGGCAGGCGGCCGUGCUCGUGUACAACAGUGACGACAACAGCUCCUCCACCAUCACUGAUGAUGUCACCAUAUCGCUCAGAGGACUGGAUGAUCAAAAAGGUCUUGUGUAUGUCACAUACUACAUGGACAACAAUGUAACAAACCCUUACCAGCUGUGGAAGAGCAUGGGUAGCCCUGACUUCCCCACAGCACAGCAGUUCAGACUCCUCAGGAGUCUUCAGGAUCCUCAUGUUGAAGGACCCUGGGAAGUUCCAUCAGGCGACACUCUGACUCUGAAAGCCAGACUUUCUGUGCCUUCAGUCCUCCUCGUCCAUGUUUGUGCCCAGCCCAAAAUCCCGCCAGACCAGGUCAAUGGAUUACGCUUCAUCGGGAUCACCAAAGGCCAAGUCCUGAUCAUCUGGUCAGACCACUGUGUAGAUUCAAAAUGCAUUAAGACAUUUGAAGUCGAAUUCUCCACAGAGCAGAAAGAUUUCAGCAGAGUCAAUGCCCAAAACACCAUUUUUACUUCUUAUGUUUUUUCACCAGUGGAUCAGAUGGUUGAGGGUCUGUACAGAGUCCGGGCUCUGGACUACUGGGGACAACCAGGGCCGUACUCGCUGCCAGAGAGGUAUUCAGAGAAGCUCUAGACCAAGACCGGUCUAAACUGGCAGGAUAUUGUUUCAUAUCAAGUUUCUGAAGUGUGUUUUAUGCAGUAUUGAUACAGCGAUCAGAGUUUUUUGGUUUACUUAUUUUGCAGUAAAAUGAGAAAAAUUAAAGUCUAUUUCUUUUA